AUGCCUCCUAAAAAGGAAUCUGAUUCUCUAAAUAAGACCAUAACUGAAUGUAUUGAAAAAUUCUUUAUUGAAAAUACAACAUUCGUUAACAAAAUAGCUGAACUGGUCGUUAAAAAUAUAAAAGAUCAAAUGGAAGAUACCUUUAAGAGCUUUAAUGAUAAAAUUAAUGUUCUUGUUGAUGAUAAUAAAAAACUUCAAGAAAAGGUUUUAUUAUUGGAACAACAUAAAUCCACAUCUACUGAGGGACUCAGUCCUGAAGAAAUUAUCCAAGAAGUUCUCCAACGUGAAAAAAGGAAAAAUAACGUAAUUAUAUAUAACGUUAAAGAAUGCAAUGAUUACAAUACACGUGAAGCGGAAGACAAUGUUGUUAUUUCUAGGAUCUUUAAUUAUUUAAAUAUUACCAUUUCUGACAUCAAACCAAUUAGACUUGGCAAAUUUUCGCCUACAGCUGAGAAACCACGACCCGUUAGAAUUAAUUUCAACGAAGAAUCCUUGGUUCACAACUUUAUAAAGCAAGUUAAAAAACUAAAAAAUAUGGAGGAUUUUAAAAACAUCAACGUGUCAUUAGAUAGAACUCCAAGGCAACUCCAGUUAUAUUCCUCAGUAAAAUUAGAACUUUCUAAUCGUUUGGCAAAUGGAGAAAACAACAUCAGAAUUAAAUAA